AUGAAGAAUGAUUCUGAGUUAAAUAAGAUUGUUAUUAGAAAACCAUCUAAAGAUGUAUAUAACAAAUGUACUUUAUUUAAAUAUGCAUUAAAAGAGAGCAGCAAUGUAAAUGAAAACCUUGAUGACCAAUUUGCUAUACAUAUAUAUAGUUAUUAUAGUAUGAAAGAAGCAUAUGAAUAUAAUAUUCAAAUAGUGAAAGAAUGUGAUUUGUGUUCCAUGUUUUUUCUUUUGACUUUGCUCACAAUGUUGAGUUGCUCUAUGACUCUUAAUGGCCAGAAAGAUGGUACUAUUUAUCAUUGUUAA